AUGUUGGCGACAAUGCUAGCCCAAGGCGAGGUGGGAGAGCUGCCUGAGCCCGCGGGCAAGGACGAGGAAGUCAUCACCGUGGACGGAGAGCUGACUUCUCUCUCCUGGCUCCAGAAGCCUGGCGUCCUCACCUCCAUGUGCACGGCUCUCACAGGCUCCCCGCAUGGCGUCAAUAAAAUUGCUGGUGGUCCCGGAAGAGCGCAGAGACGGCCGCGGCGAGCCGGAGGAGGCAAGGAGAGACCGGGAAAGGCUAAGCUGGACUCGGAGCGAAUGUUCAGUGUCAUCCUCAACGUCCGGAACAAGAAAUACGACGGGGAAGACGCGCAAAAGCCUCCUCUGUCGUUCGCCUGUAUGAUAUUCAUGUCUCUGGAGAGCUCUCCGACCAAGACCCUGCCAGUGAAGGAGAUAUACGACUGGAUACAGUGGAAGUUCCCGUUCUAUCGCACAGCCCCCACUGGAUGGAAGAACUCUGUGAGACACAACCUCUCCCUCAACAAGUGCUUCAAGAAAGUGACGCGAGGCAUGGGCAAGAGCAAGUGCAGCAGCUUCAGCAAAGGAGGGCUCUGGACAGUGGAUGCUGACUACAGGCGCAGCCUCCUCACUGCACUCAAACGCUCACCCUACCAUCCCUACCACAGCUAUUUCACUCCUCCUCUGUCACCCAGUUCAAGCUGCAGCAGUCUGGAGAACCUUGACCCCGCUGAGAGAGAUGCGGCCCUCACCAUGUGUAUGAUAGGUGGAGGCAGGGAGGGGAGUCCAGCAGGUCUGUUGUAUGCAAUGCGCCAUGAUCACAGUUACGCCAGGAGACCUCCCUCUUACUCCCCUCCCUCUUCCAAAGGUCUCAGUCUGGCUGAAGUGGCUGCAGCUGCAGAGAUGAUUCUGGAACAGGACAAGAUGGACUGUGAGAGUGGGGACGGUGGUGAGGAGGGGGAGGAGGAGGAGGAGGGGAGAGAGCAGUCCUUCUGCGACAGUGGUUAUGGCGGGGGAUCUGACGAGUCGACUGAGCAAAAUUUGGAGGAAUUGGGAGCUGAUGCAUUGCUGGCCUUGGCCUGUGGAGCUAGAAGCCCCUGAACGGCUCCAUUUCUCUCCAUCUCCGGAUUCAAUCACCACUGGCUGUGUGUGCCUCUCUGACUGGUGCCCGCGGCUACAAAGUAUUGUUAUUUUCUCCUAUAUAAGUAAUUCACCUCUGUGUUUGUGUGUGACUUCUUUGCGUUGUACAUUUGUAAAGUCUAGUCCUAGCUCUUGUUUCAAUCACAGACUCAAAUCAAUGAUCACUAAUGUGUAUUCACAUUGUUAUACUGUGCCAUGUAUCAUCAUUUCUUCUUG